GUAUCUUCAUGUUCUGAUGGUCUUCUGGUCCUUCGUGGCUGGGGUCGUCACCUUCUACUGUUCCUUGGGACCGGACUCCCUCCUGCCCAAUUUUUUGUUCACAAUAAAAUAUAAACCCAAGCAGUUGGAAUUGCCGGAGCUGUUUCCCCAUGGUCACAGCUGUGCUGUGUGUGGCAAGGUCAAAUGCAAGAGGCACAGACCUACUUUGCUUCUGGAAAACUAUCAGCCAUGGCUGGAUCUGAAAGUGCCUUCCAAGGUUGAUGCAUCACUUUCAGAGGUGCUUGAGUUGGUGCUGGAAAACUUUAUUUAUCCGUGGUACAGAAAUAUUACUGAUGAUGAGUCCUCAGUGGAUGAACUGAGAGGGACACUACGGUUUUUUGCAUCUGUCUUAGUUCGGAGAAUUCACAAGGUGGACAUUCCAACGGUUGUAACAAAGAAGAUGCUCAAGGCAGCAAUGAAACACAUUGAAGUAAUAGCCAAGGCCAGGCAAAAAGUAAAAAAUGCGGAAUUUUUGCAGCAAGCUGCUUUAGAAGAAUAUGGACCAGAACUGCAUGUUGCUUUGAGAAGCCGAAGAGAUGAACUUCACUACUUGAGAAAACUUACUGAACUUCUUUUUCCUUAUAUUUUGCCCCCAAAGUCAACAGAGUGCAGAUCCCUGGCCCUUCUGAUUAGAGAGAUUCUCCCUGGUUCAGUUUUCCUUCCCUCAAUGGAUUUCUUAGCUGACCCUGAUACUGUCAACCAUUUACUGCUGAUCUUCAUUGAUGAUAGUCCACCUGAGAUAGCAACUGAGCCUACUUCUUCAUUGGUUCCAUUCCUUCAGAAAUUUGCCGAGCCAAGAAAUAAAAAACCAUCUGUACUGAAACUGGAGCUAAAGGAGAUCAGAGAUCAGCAGGACCUUUUAUUUCGGUUUAUGAACUUCCUGAAACAGGAAGGGGCUGUCCAUGUGCUGCAGUUCUGCCUGGCUGUGGAGGAAUUCAAUGACCGAAUUUUGAGACCAGAACUAUCAGAUACUGAAAAGAUGUCUCUUCAUGACGAAGUACAGAAAAUUUAUAAAACCUACUGUUUGGAUGAAAGCAUUGACAAGAUUAGAUUUGACCCUUUCAUUGUGGAAGAGAUUCAAAGAAUUGCUGAAGGUCCAUAUAAGGAUGUUGUGAAACUUCAGACUAUGCGGUGUCUGUUUGAAGCUUAUGAGCACGUCCUGUCUCUGCUCGAGAAUGUUUUUACUCCCAUGUUCUGUCACAGUGAUGAGUACUUCAGACACCUUUUGAGAGGAGCAGAGUCCCCAACCCGCAAUUCAAAGUUUAACAGAAGUAGCCUGAGUUUGGAUGACUUACGGACCACACAAAAGAGAGGAGAAUCAUUUGGAAUCAGCAAAAUAGGAAACAAAAUAAAAGGUGUAUUCAAGAGUUCUGCAAUGGAAGGAGCUAUGUUGCCUAACUAUAACUUAAAUGAAGGAGAAGAUGAUUUUAUUGAAGAAGGUGUUAUGGUGAUGGAAGAUGAUUCUCCUGAGGAGGCUGUUACCACCCCAAAUACACCCCGCAACCUUGCUGCUUGGAAAAUCAGCAUCCCAUAUGUUGAUUUUUUUGAUGAUCCCUCCUUGGAAAGAAAAGACAGAAAGGAGAGAAUUCCUGUAUUCUGCAUUGAUGUAGAGAGAAAUGACAGAAGGGCAGUUGGACAUGAACCUGAACAUUGGUCUGUCUACAGGAGGUAUCUUGAAUUCUACGUGCUUGAAUCAAAACUUACAGAAUUUCAUGGUACAUUUCCUGAUGCUCAGCUUCCCUCAAAGAGAAUCAUUGGCCCCAAGAACUAUGAGUUCUUAAAAUCCAAGAGAGAGGAGUUUCAGGAAUAUCUGCAGAAACUUCUGCAACAUCCAGAACUAAGUAACAGCCAGCUUUUAGCUGACUUCCUAUCCCCUAAUGGAGGAGAGACACAGUUUCUUGAUAAAAUGUUGCCUGAUGUGAAUCUUGGUAAAAUCAUAAAAUCUGUUCCAGGAAAGCUGAUGAAAGAGAAAGGUCAGCAUUUGGAGCCUUUCAUCAUGAAUUUUAUCAACUCCUGUGAAUCUCCCAAGCCUAAACCAAGCAGGCCUGAACUUACCAUUCUGAGUCCCACUUCUGAAAAUAACAAGAAGCUUUUUAAUGAUCUGUUCAAGAACAAUGCAAACCGGUCUGAGAAUACAGAAAGGCGACAAAAUCAGAACUACUUCCUGGAAAUGAUGACUGUAGAAGGAGUCUAUGACUACUUAAUGUAUGUUGGUAGGGUAGUUUUCCGCAUUCCUGACUGGCUGCAUCAUCUCUUGAUGGGAGGAAGAAUUCUCUUCAAAAACACGUUGGAACUCUACACAGACUAUUACUUGCAUAACAAGUUAGAACAGCUAUUUGAGGAGCACCGGUUGGUUUCUCUGAUAACACUACUGAGAGAUGCUGUGUUCUGUGAGAACACUGAGCCUCGCUCUCUCCAGGACAAACAGAAACGAGCAAAGCAGACUUUUGAAGAGAUGAUGAGAUACAUUCCAGAUUUAAUAGGCAAGUGCAUUGGGGAAGAGGCUAAAUAUGAAGGCAUCAGGCUUCUGUUUGAUGGACUGCAGCAACCAGUGCUCAACAAACAGUUAACUUACGUUCUGCUGGACAUUGGGAUUCAAGAGCUCUUCCCAGAGCUGUGUAAGCAGGGUCCAAAGGAAGCAAGCUCUGUGUCAAGCUGGAUGUGAGUGGACACCCAGUAGGAUCUGCUGUGCACUGUUGUAAUGGACAUGUGACAUUUUAACAUUGCCUUGUAUAUUUUGUUGUAAAUAAUAUAAAAUUUAAGUUCAAAAAAUACCUUUGUGCAAUAAAGAUAUUAAAAUUUAAUACCGAUUGCAAGUAAAUAAAAUAUUUGUACUUUUAA